UCACUCUGUCUCAGUCUCAGUCUCUCAGACUCAGACAGACUCACUGUUCACUUCAGUUAUCGUUCGGACGGCGUCGAAGGAGGAUGUACGUCUCUCCACAGUGGAGCGAACCCAGGCACUCUGAUGCAUGAAGUUUUUUUUACGUGAAGUUCUCAUUUGCACUUGGGAUGAUUUUUGGUUUUACUUGGAUACUGUGGAUUUAAUAUGUGAAAUUGCAACGGGAUUCCAAUGAAGACAGGAUGAGAACGUUUGAUUCUCUCAGUUUGUUAAUGGAGUUUGUGUUUGUGGCCAUACUCGUCGGAUUAGUUUCCGCCAUUGAUGAAACCCUCCCUGUGAUCAAAGAGCACCCGAGCGAUGCCGUCGUUACUCGCAACAACCCUCACACUCUGAAAUGCUCGGCCUCUGGAGCCUCUCAGAUAACCUGGUUCCACGACGGCGAGAAGGUCAACCCCUCAGCCCAUCGGGUCCUGCUGGAAGUGGGGAAGCUCUUCUUCUUGCGGGUGUCGUCGGGGAAACGGCAGAACGACGCCGGCACCUACUGGUGCGUCGCCUCCAACCAGUACGGCUCCACGAGGUCGAACAACGCCACCCUCACCAUCGCGUCGCUCUCCAGCGACUUCCUGUCGCAGCCGGAGCCCCAAGUCAGGGCGAAAGUUGGAGACCGGCUCACGCUGGCGUGUAGGCCUCCGAAAGGAACACCCCCACCCGAAAUUUCCUGGUUGAUGGAAGGUCAGGAGGUCACAAAUUCGAGCAGGAUCACUGUGACUGCAAUUGGCGAUUUAAUCAUCUCUAAGACAGCACGGCAAGAUGCCGGGAAGUACGUGUGUCGUGCCCAGAAUGACGCUGGAACAAGACAGUCGACACCUUCUACUUUAACUGUUAUGGUCCCACCCUGGUUUGAGAGACGUCCUGCCAACAUGACAUCUGGGGCAGGUACCAAGGUUGAGUUAGUGUGCAGAGCCAAUGGGUCCCCUGUGCCAGACAUUACUUGGAGAAGACUUGAUGGCAAAAUUCCUCUCGGAAGGGCAACAGUGGAGGACAAUAAGUUGAUUCUCCAAAAUGUUGCAACUGCAGAUUCAGGUACUUAUGUUUGUGAAGCAGAAAAUGAGGCAGGGACUUCUACAUCUAUAGCAAUACUGAAGGUUGUUAAUGCUCCCCAAUUCACUCAGCGACCUCAAAAUACUCAAGCGUUAUCAGGUAAAGAAGCUCAGCUUUCAUGCCAAGUGGAAGGAGAUCCAAAACCACUGUUAUUGUGGCGACUUCCAACCCUUGACAGGACUAAUUUACUCAUGAAAUCACAGACAUUGGGCAGAGCCUCAAUAUCCCAGGAUGGUCAAACGCUGACUGUUAAAGAGGCUUCUAUGCACGACAGUGGCACGUAUUCAUGCUGGGGUGUUAGCAGUGGUGGAGCAAUAAGUGCACAAGCAGAGCUGAUUAUUGCUGAAGCCUAUCCCCCUCCAGUCAUUGGCGUUGGUCCCCAAGAUUUGGUAUUAGCUCCUGGAAGCAUUGCAUCUUUUCUUUGUGAAGUUGUGAGCGAGGCAGCAACACCUACAGUAUCUUGGUGGUACAGACCUGCUGCGCAUCUUCCAGCCCGUCAGCUGAAUAAGGGAGCCAUGGAUGAUCCAAGGUUUACUCUUCCUGAUAAUGGAGCACUCAUUAUAAAAGAUAUCAGGGCUGAUGAUGCUGGCAUAUAUACUUGUAAGAUCAGUGCUAGUACUGGAAAGGUGGAGCAAGAGGCAAUUCUGCGAGUGAAAGAAGAGGCAAAAGAGACGCAGCAGAGUCGGCUACCAGCACCACCUUCAAAACCUAGAAUUCUUGCAGUAAAUGAGAGUGCGGUUCACUUAACUUGGUUGCCAAACUCACAGGUAAGCAGCAAAUCUGGAGAGUGGUACACAGUCGAGUACUGGAGAGAAGGUUGGGAUGAAUGGCGGGUAGCAGAUACAGUUAUGUCACAAGAAUCUUGUCAGAUAUCAGAUCUGACCCCAGGUCAGGUUUAUACUUUUUUAGUUCGAGCAGUUAACGGCAAAGGAGCAUCAUUUCCAAGUCCUUGGUCUGAUCCAGUUCUGACUCGCGCCUCGCCUGAUCCAAACUUAACAAUUGAACAACUGCGCCAGGCACGCAGGAAACUAUACCGUCCCUUAGUCACACUUUCUGAUGCAGGCGUGACUGGUCCUGACAGUGUCAAACUCUCUUGGAAGUUCUUAGCAACUACAGAAUUUGUUGAGGGAGUUUUAGUUUAUGCUGUAUCUUCAGAAGGAAAACCGCAGAUGACCACAGUUCUAGGAUCUUCAUCAUCAUCUCACCUGUUGAGGGACCUGCAGCCUAAUACACAGUAUACAUUCUUCAUUGUUCCAUUCUGGCAAAGCGUCGAGGGGACCCCGUCCAACUCUUAUUCUCUCAUCACGCCAGAGGAUGUGCCAGUUGCAGCUCCUCAGGAUGUUCGAGUGACAGCACACGAAGAUGGCUCUACUCUCAUCACAUGGUCCCCCUUGAGUGCCACUGAAGCUCGAGGAAAAGUGACUGGAUACCAAGUCACCUUAACACACAACGGCACACAAACAACAGAAAUUGUCCAGAGCCCAUGGCUGGAGGCACGCGGGUUAAUUCACGGGCGACUCUACACAAUGCGCGUGGCGGCCCUUACGAGUGCUGGCGCCGGACCCUUCAGUGCCCCUGUCCUGAUGGAUGCUGGGAUGGGAGAUGCUCAGAGCCACCACGACGCAUCUGAUGCGGAUGCUGACGGCAGCUCCGUCCUGUACGCCCCACCCCAACCAGCGUGGCUUGUGUAUUUAUUAGUUCCUUUAAUUAUAAUUUUCUUCGUAGCAACGUUGUUCUAUGUCCAGAGGCUGCGCCACAAGGCGCCUCCCUCAAACCCACCAAAUGCUCCUGCGCUCUAUCAGGAUCCAUCCAUCUAUCCAGCCCACCAUUCAGUCAACAUGUACAGUGAGCAGAAGUUAUGGCACCCUCAGGACAGCGACAAGGAGUCCAGCCUUUCGUCCACGCGUCUCAUACAGAAUGACGCGAAGAAUGAAUAUGCAGAACCUAGGGAGCAGAGGGCGAACGAAGCCACAGAACCUUAUGCUACAACGACUUUGCUGGCGCCAGAUUCGCCGCGCCUGACCCAUGCGGUGCCUUGGACGAGGCACCACAGUGAUGACUCUGGGGUACAGGUCAACUGGUCAGCCUUCAUUCCCCCUCCACCAGCUUGCCCGCCUCCGCAUAACCUUGACCUUGGCACAAAGCUGGGGUCAGUCCUGUACACAGCUGCGUCACAGUACGACAAUGUCAGUGGAAGCGGAUCACAGCAGUACAAGAAACCCUGUGAUGACACUUCUGAACACACCUACGACGUGUACACGCAGGUGACGCCCAUAGACCAUCGCGAAGGCUUCCUCACUUUCACCUCUCUCCAGGCUAAUCAGAAGGUGGCUGUUAAUCCUCAGAGGAGUAACACGCAUUGAAGAGUGAAGUACGACGCUCAUUUCGUGACGUUAGAAGAAAUGGAGUGCGGUAUUUCAUGCCAUUUCAUACCUUACUGAGUAAGGAGCUGUAUAUAUGACACCAUACCUGUGAGUGUUUCACGUACCAAAGUUGUAUCUUGUAAAUAAAAGAAAUAUAUAUACAAUAAUGGAUAUUAAAAAGUGAACAUAUUUUGUUUCUGUUGUGAUUUUUUUUUAUAGAAAACGCGAGCUUGUAUAGAACCAGGGUAUUGGCACGAUUGUUCCUAAGAAUGAAUAUUUUGUCAGUCUACCGAUAGCCAAUCAGCUACAAUGAAGUCAGAAACUUCUACCGUCUUGUGCCAAACGCCUGCGCGGUGGUUCCGUUUUAUCGUUGACUGAACUGCUUCCCUUAUUUAUGCUUUUAUAUACCUAGUCAUGCAAUGUCUAAAAUUGUCCGUAAAUAAUGUUAUUUAUUUUUGUAAUAAAGUUGUUGACUGUA